AUGCUGCUGCUGCUGGUGCUGCUGUUCGUGGAGGUUCAUUUGCGGGUUAAGUUGCUGUUUAGCCAGAGUGCUCCAAGCUUGGCUUGCUAUACCAACCAGCUUCGACCUGCUUCCUGGCAAACUUCUUCUCCACCAUCAGAGGAUCAUAUCACCGCCAUAUACACCCUCACGAGCAUGUCCGAUUCAGACGAUGAAUACGUCGCCCACGCUUCGGAUCAUGACCUCGACGACGUCUUAGACGAGGACGACGAUGACGAUGACGAUGAGCUCGAUGCUCGCCCCUCUGCCUCUGGCCCCCGGCGCCGUCGACCAGCAGCAGCAGCAGCAGCAGCAGCAACGACUAGGUCGUCACGAGACGCCAGAAAGAAGCAAAAGGGCCGUGGUGGUGCUGAGUGGGAGGUGUCCAGGACCUGGGAGACGCUGGUUGAAAGCGCGGAUGGCACCAUCAGCGCUACUGUGGAGGAUCUGCUGGGGGCCGGGAAAAGGAAGCGGAAACAUCAAGAACAUAAUACUAACAUCUUCAAUCCGAGCAGCCACACGCCAACCCAUGGCACACGCGAAGUCCUUAUCAUCUUCGGCGCCCUACUCUCCUCUGACCCUGGCGACAUCCACCAAACCAUAACAGCGCUAGUCGCAGACAAAAUCCGCAUCUCUAUAAUCGGCCUCGCAGCGCAAGUCGCCAUCUGCCGCGACCUGUGCGCCCGCACAAACAACGGCGACGACACCGUCUACGGCGUCGCCCUGAACGAACAGCAUUUCCGUGAACUAUUCAUGGAUGUCACAGCCCCCCCUGUCACAACUGUCGCUCCCACUUCCACACCCACAGCUUCCUCGGCAAAUGGCCCCAAAACAACAACUACUAACACGACCGCAAGCUCCCUCCUCAUGAUGGGCUUCCCCUCUCUAACCCUCACCACAACGCCUACCCCAAGCCUCUGCGCCUGCCACUCCAAACCCUCGCGCGCCGGCUACCUUUGUUGCCGUUGCAACGCAAAAGUCUGCACCCUGCCUUCCUCCUGCCCCUGCUGCGGGCUCACCCUCAUCCUCUCCACCCACCUCGCCCGCUCCUACCACCAUCUCUUCCCGCUGAUGAAUUGGGUCGAGGUGUCCUGGCGCCGCGCGGCGAGGAAGCGGAGCGCUAGCUGCUUUGCGUGUGGGGUUGGGUUUCCGCGGAUGCCGAAGCUGGUUUCCGGCGAGCCGGAGGAGACUGCCAAAGCCGCCGUGGGAGUUGGCGUUAGCGUUAGCGGCCGAUAUGAGUGUCCGGUCUGCGAGUGCCAUUUCUGUAUUGAUUGCGAUGUAUUUGCGCAUGAGGUUGUACAUAAUUGCCCGGGGUGUCAGAGUGGGGUUGUGCAGCAACAGCGAUUGAAUGGGAAUGGAGUAGCUGAUGAGAUGGACACCGGCUAG